AUAGGCCUUAAUUUUUGUAAUAGGUGGCGGAGGUUUCACUUUUGAUGUAAAAAGUCUUGAAAGUAGGUUAACAACAUGAUUCAUCCCCCAAGUUAUUCUUUUACAAACCAUCCUAAUUAGUCAAUCUAUGAAAAGUUGAAUCAGCUUUUGUGGAAACCAAACAAACUCUGACACGAACCAAUCAAUUACCCAAUAAACCUGCUUCUCUUUCUGACUUCACUUCACCUCAUGAAAAAUAAAACCCCAAAAACCACUAUUGUUAACGUGCUUCUCUUCAUUCUUCACAACCGAAAACACACAUCAUAACGAGUGGAAAUUGGAAAACAAAGCACAAAGGAAAGUUAUGAAAACAGCAACUUCAAAUUUCUUCAAUGAUCAAACUGUUUUUCUCACCACUAAACAACUUCUACGUUGGACUAUUUGUUCUCUCAUUCCAAUAGCUAUGUUUCUUAUAUACUUUUACGAUCUACCAAUUCUACCCUUUUCUCCAUCUCCAAAUUCUGACUUCACUCAUUCCAAUAUCACUUCUCAUCACUCUUCGCCUUCAUCUUCUUAUGCAGAAAAGAAAAAAGCUUACCAAAACCAAUGUGAUUACUCAAAGGGUGAUUGGAUUAGAGACACAUCAAGCCCUUUAUACAAUGACACAACAUGUGGUAUGAUGAAAGAAGGAAGAAAUUGCAUCAAACAUGGAAGACCUGACUCUGAUUAUCUUUAUUGGAGAUGGAAACCAAGUGAAUGCUAUCUUCCAAGGUUUGAACCUCACACUUUUCUACAACUCAUUAGCAACAAACAUAUAGCUUUUGUUGGAGAUUCUAUGGCCAGGAACCAAGUAGAGUCUCUUCUAUGUAUGUUAGCAACUGUUUCAAUUCCUAAUCUUGUGUACCAAUAUGGCGAGGAUAAUCAAUUCUCCAAGUGGAACUUUUCUUCAUACAAUGUAAGUAUUUCAUUGUAUUGGUCUCCGUUUUUAGUACAAGGUAAUGAAAAAUCAAGCACAAGGCCAAAUAAUGAGUUAUAUUUGGAUCAUGUGGAUGAAAAAUGGGCAAAGGAUAUGAAUCAAAUGGACAUGAUUGUGUUAUCAGUUGGACAUUGGUUUUUGCUUCCUGCUGUUUAUCAUGAAGGUGAUUCAAUUUUAGGGUGUCAUUAUUGUCCUGGUCUUAACUACACUGAUAAUGGAUUUUAUGAUGCAUUGAGAAAGUCUUUAAGGACUACUCUUAGUAGCCUAAUUGAUCGAAGAGAAAAUAAUAACGGUAAAGGAAUUGAUGUGGUUGUGACAACAUUUAUGCCGCAUCAUUUUGAAGGUGAUUGGGAUAAAGCCGGUGCUUGUCCGAAGACUAAGCCUUAUAGAAACGGCGAGAAGGAAGUUGAAGGGAUGAAUGGUGAGAUGAGGAAGGUUGAGAUUGAAGAAGUUGUGGCGGCUAAGGUGAAAGGGAGUGAAGAUGGAAGGUUUAGAUUUGAGGUAUUGGAUAUAACGGAAUUGGCAUUGUUGAGACCAGAUGGUCAUCCCGGUCCUUAUAUGAAUUCUUUUCCGUUUUUUCACGGUGUUCAAGAACGUGUGCAAAAUGAUUGUGUUCAUUGGUGUUUACCAGGUCCGAUUGAUACAUGGAAUGAGAUAUUUUUAGAAAUGAUAAAGAAAUGGGGAGAAGAAACUAGGAGUGAAGAUUGAGAUAUUUCUCAUGUAUUGUAAAUUGAUACCUGACUGUUUGUAUUACAUGUUAUUGUUCUUGCAUUGGAACAGAGAAUUUUUGUUUCAAGUUAGGUAUCAUAAGGAAUAUUUAUAUUGAUAUUGAUGAUAGUAGUUUUAAUA